AUGGCCCGGCUGGGUGUGCUGCUCCUGGCCGCCGCCCUGGGCGCGCUGCUCAGCUUCGCGCUGCUGGUGGCCGCGGUGGCCAGCGACUACUGGUACGUCCUGGAGGUGGCGGACACCGGCAACCGCACGCAGCGGCUGUCCUCGCACUCCGGGCUCUGGCGCGUCUGCGAAGGGCAAAACAGCUGCAUCCCGCUGAUCGACCCCUUUGCCAGCGAGAACCUGGAUGUCCCCACCUCAGUACGGCACCUCAUCUCCCUGCACCGAGCUGUCAUGGUGGUCCUGCCCCUGAGCCUCGUCCUCGUGGUGUGUGGCUGGAUCUGCGGCCUCUUCAGUUCCCUGGCACAGAGCGUCCUGCUGCUUCUCUUCACCGGCUGCUACUUCUUGCUGGGAGGUGCCCUGACACUGGUGGGCAUCAGCGUCUACAUCAGCUACUCACACCUGGCCUUCGCCGAGACCGCCCGCCAGUUCGGCCCCCGGCAGGUGCAGCACGUCCGCGUCAGCUUCGGCUGGUCCCUGGCCCUGGCCUGGGGCUCGUGCGCCUUGGAGGUGCUCAGUGGCGUCCUUCUGCUCACAGCAGCCCGCGCCCUCCGCCUGAGCCGGCGGCGGGGCGGCCCCCACUCGGUGGCCGUCUGA